AUGACCGAACACAGCGUCGCCAUCCAUGCGGGCAAGGAUGGCAACUUCCGCCGUCAAGUCUCCUCCUUCCGCAAUACGAUCUCCAAAGUGGGACCUCACCAACCCGAAAAGGGCCGAUACAUCCUCUACUGCGCCCUCAUCUGUCCCUGGGCGUCUCGCACCUUGCACGUCCGAGCGCUCAAACAGCUCGAAGAUAUCAUCGAUGUCGCCGUCGUACAUUACACUUUGACGCCCAACGGAUGGCCAUUCGAGAUCACUGACAAGGCCGAGACAGGAGACCCUCUCUAUGGCUGCGAAAACACAAAGGAGCUCUACCUGAAGGCCGAUCCCAACUACUCGGCCCGAUACACAGUGCCCAUCCUGUGGGACAAAAAGCUCGAGACGAUUGUCAACAAUGAGUCGUCCGAGAUCAUUCGCAUCCUCUACACCGCUUUCGACGAUUUGCUGCCAGAAGACAGCCCAGCCAAAGGCAAGACGUACUACCCCAUCGAUCAGCCCGAAGCCAUCCGAAAGAUCGACGAGCUCAACGAGUGGAUCUACCCCAACAUCAACAACGGCGUCUACAAGACGGGGUUCGCGACCACGCAAGAGGUGUACGACAAGGAAGUCGACAAUCUCUUCUCAUCGCUUGACCGGCUCGAGACGCUGCUGUCGGAUGGAAGGGAGUACUUGGUUCCCGAGGUGGGGCUGAGCGAUGCGGACAUCCGUCUGUACCCAACGCUCGUCCGCUUCGAUGUGGGCUACCAUACGCUGUUCAGGUGUAACAUCAAGAUGAUCCGACACGACUAUCCGCACAUCCAUCGAUACCUGCAGAGGCUUUACUGGGGCGAGAAGGCGUUUAGCGACUGGACCAACUUCGAACACAUCAAGCGAGGGUACUCUCGUGUUGGAGGCAACGCGGGGAUCGAGCCGAGGGGACCGUUGCCUCAUAUGUUGCCACUAGAUGCUUAG